CUGGAGGCUGAGCGAGCGAGCGAGCGGGGCCUCUGCCUGCUGCCUCCCGGAGCCCUCUCCAUCUUCUCCUUCUCCUGGCCUCGCAGUGCCUCCUGCUGCCUCGCUCCCUGGGCUUCUCCCGGGCAUGAGCCCUCGGGGCCUUGGCCCCCGCGGUGCCAGGAGGAGGAGGACGGCCGGAGGAGGAGGAAGGCAGGCCCUCCUUCGGCGGGGGAGCCUCGGGAGAUGCGCUGCUCCCUGCCUCCUGGAGCAGCAGCAUGUCCGCCGACCUCGCUCACAUUAACGGGCCGCAGUUGGGCUCCGGGUUCGGAUCCUGCGCGCGAAGCCCGAGGAGCCUCCCGGCCUCAGAGGGAGACGAGGAGGAGGAGGACGGAGAGGAGGACGGGGCUCGGGGCUGCUGGUGGCGCCCCAUGCUGGCGGCGGGGCUGGGGCUGGGGCUGGGGCUGGCGGCGGCGGCGGUGGUCUGGUUCUUCAGCCUGGGCCCAGAGGAGGAGGAGGGAUGGCUGUGGCGCCCACCGGCCCUGCUACUGCUGCUCCAGUCCGCCCUCUACUUGCUCUCCUCGGCCGGAGCCUUCCUCCUGGGGGCCUUCCUGGCCCUGCUCCUCCGAGGCACAGGGAGCAGGACCCGGCCCCCUGCCGACUUCAAGGCCGGCUCCCAGGACAGCCGCCUCCCUGCCGGGAAGAAGAAGAAGAAGAAAGCCGGGAACGGCGGCGGCGGCGGCGGCGGCGACGACGCCCCUGAGAAUCUUCUACCUGGAAACGCACAUGAAUCUGUCCAGUCAAGGAGAGUGGUGAUUUCUCAUAAUAUGGACAAAGCUCUGAAAGAAGUGUUUGACUAUAGCUACAGAGAUUACAUUUUAUCUUGGUAUGGGCAUCUCAGCAGAGACGAGGGACAGCUGUAUCACCUGCUGUCUGAAGACUUCUGGGAAGUUGCCAAGCAGCUGCGACAAAGACUCAGUCACAUCGAUGUAGUUAAAGUCGUCUGCAAUGAUGUAGUGAAAGCUUUGUUCACCCAUUUCUGUGACCUUAAAGCAGCCAAUUCCAGACUGGAAGAGCAACCACGGCCAUUUUUACUGCACCCUUGUUUGAAGAAUUCAGUUGAUGAAGACAGAUUCUUGCAAGCAUGUUCUCAAAUUCUAGUAUAUUGUCUUCUGCCCUCAAAGGAUGCCCGGUCUUUAAGCUUGCGCAUAGUCCUUGCGGAAAUACUUGCAUCAAAAGUGCUGAAACCUAUGGUGGAACUGCUGAGUGAUCCAAACUACAUUAACCAGAUGCUGCUUGCCCAGAUGGAGUACAGAGAACAGGUGAACGAACAUCACAAACGAGCCUACACAUACGCUCCUUCUUAUGAAGAGUUCAUCAAGCUCAUUAACAGCAACUCUGAUGUUGAAUUCCUAAAACAACUAAGAUACCAGAUUGUAGUGGAAAUAGUUCAAGCAACCACUAUCAGCAGUUUUCCACAGAUGAAGCGACAAAAAGAAAGUAAAGGUAAAGAGACUGCUGCAAUGAAAGCUGACCAUCUGAGAGCACGAAACAUGAAGAGGUAUAUUAAUCAACUAACUGUUGCAAAAAAGCAGUGUGAAAAGCGAAUACGGCUUCUGGGAGGUCCUACUUAUGACCAGUCAGAAGAUGGUAUAUUUGAAGAUAGUGAUGGCCCUCAAAGCCAGAAGAUUCUUCAGUUUGAAGAUAUUUUGUGCAAUCCAUCCUACAGAGAGCACUUCCGAAUAUAUAUGGAACGAAUGGAUAAAAGGGUUCUGAUCAGCUACUGGGAGUCUGUAGAAUACUUGAAGAAUGCUAACAAGGCUGAAAUACCUCAACUUGUGAGUCAAAUCUAUCAUGAUUUUUUUGUGGAAAGUAGAGAAAUCCCUGUGGAAAAGUCACUCUAUAAAGAGAUACAGCAAAGCCUUGUGGGCAACAAAGGCAUUGAUGUUUUUUACAAAAUUCAAACUGAUGUUCAUGAAACACUGAAGGACAGAUACUACCCAUCAUUCAUUGUCAGUGAUUUAUAUGAGAGGUUGAUCAAGAAGGAAGAAGAGGGUAGUUCUGUACAGAUGACAUCAGAUGACAAAGAUGAAGUGAACCAAGUUUGUGAAGAAGUUAUUGAUGAAGGAAGCUCAGGAAUUAAUGAACAGGCCAGUUACGCUGUAAAUAAGCUACGCCAAUUAAAUGACAAACUUGAAUAUAAGAAACAAGCUUUAAAUUCUCUUUGUAGUUCACCAAAACCUGACAAAAAGAUUGUUUCUAAAUUGAAGGAUGAAAUCACUCUGAUGGAGAGAGAACACAGUGACCUUCAGUUGCAUAUUGAAAGAACAGAUUGGUGGUGUGAGAAUUUUGGCAUGUGGAAAGCCUUUAUAAAUAAUAGUGAGGUCAUAGAAGAGAAUGGCGAACAAGUGCCCUGUUACUCUGUUAUGGUGAGUUUACAAGAGAUUGGUGGUACUGAAGCAAAGGAAUGGAUGGUUCUACGAAAACUCAGCGAGUUUCAAAGCCUGCACCGGAAACUUAGUGAGUGCUUCCCAUCAUUAAAGAAAGCUCAGUUGCCUUCACUCAGCAAACUGCCCUUUAAAUCUGUAGACCAGAAAUUCAUGGAGAAGUCUAAGAACCAGUUAAAUAACUUCUUACAGAAAUUGCUUUCUGAUGAAAGGCUCUGUCAGAGUGAAGCUCUUUAUGCCUUUUUAAGCCCUUCCCCAGAAUACCUCAAGGCUAUCAAUGUACAGGGAAAGAAAUCUUCUUUUUCACUUUCUUCUUUCUUGGAGAGGCUUCCUGGUGAUUUCUUUUCUCAUCAGGAGGAAGAGGCUGAAGACGAUGAUGAUCUGUCAGACUACGGGGAGGAUGUGGAUGGGAAACGGGAUGCCCUUGCUGAGCCUUGCUUCAUGUUGAUAGGCGAGAUUUUUGAGCUGCGAGGAAUGUUUAAGUGGGUGAGGAAGACACUAAUUGCACUAGUUCAAAUCACUUUUGGGAGAACCAUAAACAAGCAAAUUCGUGACACUGUAAACUGGAUAUUCAGUGAAGCAAUGCUUGUUUACUAUAUCAAUAUAUUCCGAGAUGCUUUUUGGCCAAAUGGGAAAUUGUCAUCCAGCACAAAGCCCAGACGUGAAGAGCAAAGCCGGGAGACAAAACAGAAAGCACAGCAGAAAUUACUAGAAAACAUUCCAGAUACUCUCCAGAAUCUUGUGGGACAGCAAAAUGCUCGCCAUGGUAUAAUCAAAGUAUUCAAUGCACUUCAAGAAACCAAGGCCAAUAAGCAUCUUCUUUAUAAUUAGUUGUAGAACUGACUACCUAUGGAUAACUAAAACCCACUGGAGAAAAUCUACAGUAUGCAAAAAUCCACACAGACAAAGCUGGGGCCCCUGUUUCCUUCAAAUUCUAUGUCUCUAAGGAUGGAUUCUGGUUGAAAUAUGAAAGAGCAGAUGGGCUAAAUUAGAGGCUAAUUUCUGAAAUAUCUCCAGUCAUGGUGCACGAAUUCAGAAGAUUUUUGCUGUCAACAGACAUUGAUAUAUAGGAAGGAUUUGACACUCCCCAGUGCUACAGUCACUGGGAAGAUGUAAGGGGGGUGGAAAGAAACUAGUGUUUACUAUACAACUUGGGGAACACAGUGUUGCAGUUCUGUAUGUUAAUAUGCAUAUAGUCUCCUUUUACUCUUGGCCAGACUGUUAGCAAUAAUUUUCAGUACAGAGAUGUUUAGAUUUUUUUUUAAUGACUAUAAAUGUAAAGGCCUUUAACUGAAAAAUUCACGCACACACACCUUUUCCUCCAAAGUCUUUUUUGGGAGGUGGAGGAAUUUGAAAAAUUGAAAAAAUAUAUUAUGGAACAUUUUCUUUUAGAAUGAUGAGUAAAAUGUUUGAGACAAAGUAUUCAUAUAUUCUCCUAAAUUAUCUCUAAAAACUAUGUAACAGGAAGACUUCAUAUUAUGUACAGUGUCAGAUAAUUUCAAUUCCUGACUUUGUUUUUUUUUCUUCUGGUUUUUUAAUGGAAAUAAGUGCUUUUUAUCUGUUUUUUAUCUGACACUGCAAAAGCCUAGAAGAAAAUAUUCUUCUUUUGUUUUAUGAAUGUUUAUUGUUUCAUUUGUUUUUUGUCUGCUCCUUAUAAACUGGUAAAACCAAAAAGAUUCUCCAUUAGUUAAGGACUUUUUAGCUCCAUUUGUAACAAAUAAUAAAGACAAAUAAAAAUAAUAAAGACAUAAAAAGUAUACUAAGGGUUGUAAUUAUUGUCUGAAUAAACUAUACAUGAUAAUUCUAUGCCAAACCAAAUUAUACAUAUUACAUUUUAUGUUCCUAAAGUAAUAAAGUGAUUUUCAGUUUGUAAAGGUUUCCAAUGCCACCUUUUUCAAUUUUUCCAACCCCCUCCCCCCAUUUUUCCUCCUGGGUUAUUUCCCCAUAGCUUCACUAUUCCUACAGGGUCUACAUCUCUGAAAAUAACAAGAUGCUGCUUAUUAUAGGAAAACCAGCUGUAAUCCAUGAAGAAUGUUUAUUAACUGCUUUAACAGGAGCCUUCACUUCAUUCUGUUGACUGUUUUGUUAGCCAUAUCCACUAUAGGGACAACAAGGAGGAUUUGCUCCAGGGUUGGGGAACUGGUUUGGGAUGACAAGCUCAAUGUCUACCUCCCUAAUCUUCUUUCGGACAGAUGGUAUCAGGGGCCUGGCCACACAGCCAUGACAUUGCUAACACUAAACUGGCUGAAGCUUCCAGCUGACAUUUUGGCCUUUCUUGCCCAGGCAGGUAUACUUAGCUAGCAUUUUGGGGCAUAACUGAGCCACGAUAAUGGGACUCAGCCAGGUCCUGAAGUGGACAUGGCUCCAUUUUUGUCCCCCUGCUAUCCCUGGAAAGAUGAGUGGGAAGGAUAGCUGGCCUCAGGGAGCUAGAGCAUCCGGUAGGGAUUCAGAUGGCUCCUAAAGUGCCAGUUGAAUGAUACCAGUUUCUUUCCAGAUGCUGGAACUACAAGUCAAGAACAAAAUCAACUCUGGGCUACCAAAGCCUCACCUUCACCUUCUCUCUUCCUGCCCCAUUUU